UUCCGGCGAGGGAGGAUGUGGCCGGCGUGCGCUGCGCUCCGGGCCCGGGCUCCGGCCUGGGCCUUGGUGGGGUUGAGGGGAGGUCGGGCCUAUGGCGGAGGUGGAGGCGUCACCUACACGCAGGGCCAGAGCCCCGAGCCCCGGACCCGCGAGUACUUCUACUACGUGGACCACCAGGGCCAGCUUUUCCUGGAUGAUUCCAGAAUGAAGAAUUUCAUCACCUGCUUCAAAGACCCGCAGUUCCUGGUCACUUUCUUCUCCCGCCUGAGGCCCAACCGCAGCGGGCGCUACGAGGCCGCCUUCCCCUUCCUCUCGCCGUGCGGAAGAGAGCGCAACUUCCUGCGCUGUGAGGACCGGCCCGUGGUCUUCACGCACCUGCUGGCCGCGGACCCCGGGCCCCCGCGCCUCUCCUACUGCGGCGGCGGCGCGGCCCUGACCGUGCCCUUCGAGCCGGCGCGCCUGCUGCCCCUGCCGCCCCGCCCCGCCCCGCCCCGCCCGCAGACCCUGUUCCUCCAGGACAACAGCAUCGCGCGCCUGGAGCCCGGCGCGCUGGCGCCGCUCUCCGCCCUGCGCCAUCUCUACUUGCACAACAACAGCCUGCGCGCUCUGGAGCCCGGCGCCUUCCGCGCGCAGCCGCGGCUGCGGGAGCUGGCGCUCACCGGGAACCGGCUCCGCGGCUUGCGAGGCGGCGCGUUUGCGGGCCUGGCCCAACUGCGAGUCCUCUACCUAGCGGGCAACCAGCUGGCGAGGCUGCUGGACUUCACCUUUUUGCACCUGCCGCGACUACAGGAGCUGCAUCUGCAGGAAAACAGCAUUGAACAGCUGGAGAACCAGGCCCUGGCUGGACUCUCUUCUCUUGCCUUGCUAGACCUCAGCAGGAAUCAGCUGGGCACCAUCAGCAGAGAGGCCCUACAGCCCUUGGCCAGCCUACAAGUUCUGCGCCUUACAGAGAACCCAUGGCGCUGUGACUGCGCCCUCCACUGGCUGGGCACUUGGAUCAAGGAGGAAGGCCAGCGUCUGCUCAGCGCCAGAGACAAGAAGAUCACGUGUGCGGAGCCCCCGCGCCUGGCGGCGCAGAGUCUGCUGGACGUGUCCGGGAGCAGCCUCAUCUGCAUCCCACCCACCGUGCACAUAGAGCCGCUGGAGCUCACGGCCGGCCUGGGGGAGGACCUGCGCGUGGCCUGCCAGGCGUCCGGCUACCCGCAGCCGCUAGUGACCUGGAGGAAGGUGUCGCGGGCGCGCGAGGGCGGGCCGCAGGCCCGGGCCCAGCUCGAGGGCGGGCCGGCGGGCCCGGGCGCGCCCGCGGCGCGGGACACGGGCAGCGGCAUGCUCUUCCUCACCAACAUCACGCUGGAGCACGCGGGCAGGUACGAGUGCGAGGCCGCGAACGCGGGCGGCGCGGCGCGCUCGCCCUUCCAGCUCCGGGUCAACGCGUCCGGGCAGCGGCCGCAGCCGCCGCGGGCCUCGCCGGGCCCCGCCGCGCGCGCUCCGGGCCGCGCCCCGCGGCUCGACGCGGGCAGCAUGGCCUUCCGCGCGCUGGGCCUGGCCACGCAGACGGCCAUCGCGGCGGCCAUCGCGCUGCUGGCGCUCACCGCGCUGCUCCUGGCCGCCAUGAUCUGCCGCCGCCGGCGCCGGCGCCGCAAAAAGGCGGCGCCGCCGGGCGAGGGCGCGCUGUUCGUCCGCGACUACUCGGACGGGCCCUGCUCGUCGGCGCAGCUGGAGGAGCUCCGCGGCGAGCGCGGCCACGAGAUGUUCGUCAUCGACCGCUCCAAGCUGCUCUUCGCCCGGGGGCCGGCGGAGGCGCCCGCGGACCUCGGCCCGGCUCAGGGCCCUGCGCCCGGACUCCGCCUCCCGCCGCGCGUCGCCUACGAGAUCCACUGCUGA